AAACAAAUGUUGUAUUUCCGGUGUAGCAAAUCAGCGCGCUGAAUUCGAGUCGGCUUUUUGACAGCACAGCGGAUAGUUUGGAUAACUCCUUCGGUACCAGUAUUUUGAUCGAUACACGUUAUCAGAUUGAUAGCGUAAAUGUUUUAAGGUUUACAGGGAUGGACGGUGACAGAAUGGAGGUGGGAAACCAGAAACAAGACAUACAUGUUGAGGUCCAUGUUAAAUCUCACAGCACAGCUAAAGUGGCUGAGGUGAGGACACAUGUUCUGACUCUACUGAGUCGCCACAGCAUGGUUUUUGGAAACUACAGAUGGACAGAGUUUGAUGAAGACUUUCUGCAGAAACACGUGGAGUCUGUGGCGAUCGUUGAUCUUGAGGAACUUAUGACACAGCCCCUUGAUUUGAAGAGCUGCUCCGUCUCCGUUUGCAUCUUCACUCUGAAUGAGGAUGGACCCAGCAUGCUCAGUUUGGAGGAGGAUGAGGAGCUCUCAGCAGCCAAUCACUGGUUGCUACCAGCAGCUGAAUUCCAUGGGAUUUGGGAGAGUCUGGUGUACGAGAGUGGACUCAAAACCCAGCUCCUAGAUUACGUCACGACAACAAUUUACUUCUCAGACAAAAAUGUUGACAGCAAUCUGAUUUCAUGGAACCGUGUCGUGCUGCUUCACGGACCCCCGGGCACAGGGAAAACGUCACUGUGCAAAGCUCUCGCCCAGAAGCUGUCAAUCAGACUGUCGAGUCGGUAUUCUUAUGGGCAAUUUGUUGAGAUAAACAGCCACAGCUUGUUCUCAAAGUGGUUCUCAGAGAGCGGUAAGCUGGUCACGAAGAUGUUUCAAAAGAUCCAACAACUGAUUGAUGACAAAGAUGCUCUUGUGUUUGUUCUGAUUGAUGAGGUGGAGAGUCUGACAGCAGCUAGGAAUGCCUGCCAGGCGGGGACAGAGCCCUCGGACGCCAUCAGAGUGGUCAACUCUGUUCUCACUCAGUUGGACCAGAUCAAACGACAUUCCAAUGUGGUGAUCCUGACGACCUCCAACGUGACAGAUAAGAUAGACUUGGCAUUUGUAGACAGAGCUGACAUCAAGCAAUACAUUGGACCUCCAUCCGAGAAGGGCAUCUACAACAUCUACCUCUCCUGCCUGGAGGAGCUGAUGAAGUGCCAGAUCAUCUACCCCCGGCAGCAGCUGUUUACCAUGUUUGAGCUGGAGACGAUGGGCUUUGCGAAGAGCGAGGUGUCCGAACACAGUCUGACCUUGAGGAACAUCGCCCUGAAAAGCAGAGGUUUGAGUGGAAGAGCACUCAGGAAGCUACCAUUUCUCGCCCACGCGCUGUUUGUAAAGACACCGACAGUGACUCUGGAGAGGUUUCUGGAGGCUAUGGACCGAGUAGUGGAUAAACAGAGGGAGGAGAAAACUAACCUGGUCAACGGUGUCUGAACUCAUUACAGUGGCCAAAGGCUGACACGUGAUUGUUCAUGAGCUCUCAAUCCCAUUUUUGUUCGUAGUUUAUAAAACUACAACCCUUACAUCUUUUUAUAAAACUUAAUCAGUUCAUUUGAGAGAACAGUGUUGAAUAUAUUGGCAAGUUACACUGUUUUAACAAAAGCUAUCGAUAACACAAGUCUUUAUUCAGGUAAUUCUGUCGGUGCUAUGACCUUUAAAGACCAAGUCGGUUUAAAUACAGGCAGCUUGGUUUAAGAUGGAGGGUGCCAAAUGCUUGAAUGUUCUGCGUUUACUCUGUUCUUACAUCCAAAGUGAUAUUUUUAUGUAACAUUCAGCUUUAACCUUCAUUGAGCUUCUAUUGGUUUCCAUGUUAAAGGAGUAGUUCACAUUUGCAUUAGCAUUUGUUUAACUGAUGCAACUGCGUACACAUUAGAUUGAUUUUAUUGACGAUAUCCCUUUAGAUGGCAAAGUGUUUUUGCUAACUGGUUCAUUUCUGUGCACGUUGCUAGCUUACUGAGAUACUGCAGGACCUGUUGAAUAAGUUAAUGUUCAUGUAGGAUACCAACUUAUAUUAAAAAAAAUGUGAACUGCCCUUUUAACAUACCAUUUUUGUAUGUGUUAUAUGUUUUAAAAGGGAUGUUCCUCCUGUACCAUAACAUAAAAAUGUUGUCUUUGUCCGCUCCUCUUUAAACUCUCUGGAUUCAUACGUUCAUUACA